AUGAUUGAAAUAAGGAGAUCCAAAAGUAACACCUGAUUCAGGCGUAGUAUCUUCUAUGAGUAUAACCCUCUGGACAGUCUAAAUGCUCAGCAAGUUAUAGAUGAUCAUAAUCAGGAAGUACCUCAGCUUGAAAAUGACCUUACUGAUUACUACCAAAAGCAGUGGGGUGAUAGAGAGUGAAAUAUGUCCCAAUUGAUCAUGGGCAAGGCCUAUGAGCUCAAAAAGACUCAAGCAAGCAAGAUAAGAAGAGGUUGUAAUAUCUCCAAACAGCCCAGUAAUUCCCGCCUCCACCCUAAAACUUCCACUCCCAGUUCCCACAGCAAAGCCCGAACAAUCUCUACAAUCUCUCCUCUCCUCAAAGCCGGAGCAGGCCUCCUCCACAAACCAAUCCAGGUCUCCAACUUCUCCAAGGCCAAGGGUGACUUUACAGUAGAGAGGUGCCAUACUAUGGAGGAAGUCACUCCUGAAAAGAUAUGGGCUGGAGGGAUGAAGAAGGUGAAGAAGGUGAAGAAGAGGGUGACCCCCAGUAGAGUUCAGAAGAAAUAAAGAUAGGUUGGGAGACAAGAGCUUGAAGAAAGUGGCUAAGAAGAGCGGAGUGCUGUCUAAUUAUGUUCAAAAUCUUACUAGGCAACAGAUUAGUAGCUUUUAUUGUAAAAUUGUAUCUAAGAAUUCUAAAAAAUCGAAGUCCAAGAAAUCAGUAGUCAAGAAGAAGUCUAUCUCAAGAAGACUGAAAGGUGGUAGAAAUUCUCCGAAGUUGGCACCAACAGGGAAAAUGAGUUCUAUCACAAAGCCAUAUGCAGUGAACCAUACCUUUGAUCACACAGCUUCAGCAGUCUAUAAGGAAGCUCCAGUCAAUACUUGUAAGAUGAACCUACUGAAGAAUAUCUAUGCACUUAGGAAUAGAAAUCAGAUGUUAGACUUUGCAGGUAGCUCAUGUAAUCCAGUCAAGACUCACCAGAAGAUCUCUCAGAAGUCCCGUCAAAACUUUCUUAAUGCUUCUAAGAGGCUUGAUGCGCAUCUAAAGAACCAUGAAUGCUCUGAGUCUUCUACCAGAAACGUUCCAGUUCCUAAGGCUACUUACUCUUAUCUUUCAAAGCUUAAGAAGGCUCAUCAGCAAAACCUGUAAGUUGACUUCUA